UCUCCAUCCUAUUACCGUCACGGUCAUAGUCUAACUUGUACACUCGAAUCACUUGUUUUAUCAUGGCUACUCGCAGCGCACGCUGGCACAACGCUCUCAAGCUCGCUAUGCAAAAGGAAGGCGGCAUGAAAGAUGUCUUUCAGCUCGCAACUACCGACUUCAACAACGCUACUCCACACGUUCGUUGCCACAUCCUCAGGGGGCACAUCAUCCAUCCAUCCCUGCCUUCUCUACCCCUACUCCUCACAACCACAGACAUCCGCACUCCAAAGGUCGCCCAGAUCAAGUCCAUCCCUAGCCAUCGCGUAGAAGCGCACUUCUGGAUCAAAGCCACGAACGAGCAAUUCCGCGUCUCUGGACAUGCGGCUAUCUACCCCUCACCCGGACUUAAGGAGAACGAAGGAAUCGAGGGCGUGGGAGAGGUUUAUGAUGCAUUUCGGAGUCAGGGGUGGGACUGGGAGGACGAGCGACAGAGGCAAUUUGAUAACGUCGGUGCACACAUGCGCGCAUCGUGGUGCCGGCCUGUUCCGGGUUCCCCCAUGGACUCUUAUAGCGAUGCAGAAAAGUGGCCUGUCACAGUUGCGAAACCCGGAGAGGAAGGGUAUGAUGCUAAGAAUUACGAGGAAGCCAGAGGAAACUUUGCGUUGGUUCUGAUUGAUCCCAUUGAAGUUGACUAUAUCGAACUUGGAGUUAUGCCUAACCGGAGGACAAAGUUCGUUAGACAGGAAUCAGAUGAUGAGAGAUGGAAGGAGGUGAUAUUGGUCCCAUAGUCUCCACUAUACCUUCCAGGACAUCAACCUAUAUAUGAGACUCGGGAAGCAGAAGGCACUGUUACAAAAGAAAU